UGGACGAGACCAGUGGCCAAAACCAGAGAAGGUGUUGAGUAUGAAAAAACACAAUGAAAACUGGAGCGAGAAAGAACAGACAGUGGCAAAUAUCAAUUCAAAGAAUUUAAAUGCUAUAUUUAAUGCGGUUGACACGAACCAAUUUAAAUUGAUAUCUUGUUGUGAAUGUGCCAAAAGGGCAUGGGAUAUUCUUCAGACUGCGUAUGAAGGAACAACCCCAGUAAGACUGUCAAAACUCCAGAUGCUUGCCACUCGCUUCGAAGAUCUUAGAAUGAAAGAAGAUGAGACCAUAGCUGACUUCAAUUCGAAGUUGUGCGACAUUGCUAAUGAAGCUCAUGGCUUUGGAGAAACAUAUCCUAAAGAGAAACUUGUGCGCAAAGUUCUGAGAUCUCUUACAGAUCGAUUUGCAUACAAGAUAACUGCAAUUGAAGAGGCUAAUAAUAUUGAUGAACUCCAUCUUGACGAGCUCAUAGAAAACUUGAAGACAUUUGAGAACAAGCUGAGUAUGAGUAGAAUGGACAAAGAAAGAAAUUUAGCUCUGCAGUCAACCAAUGUUCCAACUUCUGUUGUUCUGACUACUGUUGUUUCCAAUCCUCCUGUCCCAACAACGUCUGCUGUUGAAGUAGAACUUAUCAAAUUAAUGACACAUAUUGCUGAAAAUUUUGAUAAGAUGGUCAAAGUAAAUGAGAAUCCCUCAAAGGCUGACACACGCCUCAAGAAAAGAAGAAUUCAGUGUAAAUAAUGUCAAGGAUUUGGUCAUACUCAUUACGAGUGUACCAAUAGACUAAAAAAACGAGAAAAAUCAGUUACUACUGCCAAGAGUGAUGACAUGAAAUACUCCAAUGAGGAGGAAGACAAAAAUGAUGGAAACAUUUACUGUGGGACUAGCACGAUUGUUCAACCAAUAGCUGAGGCUACAGUGCCUGUGCAGACAUCCGUCAGGUAUGAACAUUCCUUGUCUGAUCACCUUGUUAGUCUAAACUCUUCUGUUAAUACAGGUGAAACCAGCUCAGAUGAUGAAGAGGAGAUUACUGCAGAAAUGAUUCAUCAACAACAAGAUGAAUUGCUCAAAACAUGUCUUGCUGUAGAUGAAAUGAAUAAGGCCUUAAAGACACAGGUUGCUGAGCUCGAGAAAGAUAAAGAAGUACUUGUUCAAAUUGAAUACUGCUACAAAAUAUGUUCAGAAACUAAAACAACAGCUAAAUUUAAAAAAAUCUCAACCUCCUGCGAAUAAGAAAAAACAUGUGAAAGUUAUUGCCAAAAAUAUUAUCAUCCACAUUUUAGAAAAUACAAAAGAUAAACGUUGUAGAACGUGUAGAACGUGUUUUCGUUAUUUUAAUGCAACUUAAACAAGUGCAAUCACAGUUUGUAUGCAAAAAUUAUGAUCAAAACAAAACAAGUAGUAAGUUUAUGUAAUAGGGUUAAUAGUAUUUUUCCACACGUACUUUACCCCUGGACUUUGCCAUCUUAACUAAAUAGGUUUGCACGGGCACACUCAAACCAACUUUUUUUUAUGCAUAUAACCACCUAUGGCGAAUAUUCUGACGAUCUUCUCAUUUUCCGGCGCACGCACAACACACAUGACUAAGUGCAUGAAUUUUUUCGUCUUUUCAUAUCAAAAUAACUUAUGGGCCCUAUUUUCAUGGUCAUUUCUUCUCUUUCCCUCAAUUUUUUUUGUUUCUCGUGGCCUUUGAGUAUGUGUAUUUAAUGCAGUUAAUUUUUUUUAAUGGGUAAAUCAGAAAUCUAUACAUAAAGAUGUCCACUUGACUUGAUUUAUUAUGGGAAUUGGAAGGUGAAAUAACGUUCCCAAUUGAAACAUGGACCUCAUUUAACACACUUUUAUAUAGUGUUAGUGGGUGAGCUAAGGAUAUCCCCACGAGGGAUCAAGUUGUUUGAGGAAACUAAGGCGAAGUGGUUUACAUUAGCGAAAGCCACAUGUGCACGUGCACAUUCGGACCAGUGCGGCAUGUCACGUCUCAGCUCGGCUAGCGCUUGGGUCUUGGGAAAGGCUUGGGUUGAGAUUUAUGUCAGACUCACGUUACAAAAUAUAUCUACCGAAUAACAAACUAAAUCAAUCUUGUACUUGUAUUUUUUGAAUGCUUACAAAUUCUUGCAUGGUUACAAAUAAAUUAAAUAUUCCUAUUAAUACAACUUCAUCUCCUCAAUGAAUGGUGAUGAUCAUUUUCAUCCGACUUAUUCUCUAGAACACUUCAAAAAUUUGCUAUAAAGUAUGUACAAGAUUGAUGAUUCUAGUAUGUAUUUAGAAUGCUCUAAGAAAACUCUAGAGCUCUAAUUUACAAUCCUACCUAUUUCUAUUAGGGGUGUGCACGGGUCGGUGCGGCUCGUUUUUUUCCGAUAAAUCAAACACGUACCGAUAAUAUUGGUUACGUUUUUCAUAUUUUAAAAACCGAAUAUGUCGUUUUUUUUGUUCGGUGUUAAUCAGUCUUUCGGUUUUGGUUUCGGUAUCAAUUCGAUUUGUUUUCGAUUUCGAUUUCGUCCAUUUGUUCGAAUCGGUUCGGCAUAAAACCAAUAUAUGUGGACUUUCAUUAUAUUUAUUUGAGAAAAUUAACAAAUAACAACCAAAAAUUAACUAAUAAAAAACACGUCACAACCCAAAAUUAAUUAAUAAAAAAAUAUGUCACAUAGAGGCGAUCGAAAAAUAGAUCCACGAUAGGGUAAGUAUUUAUACUAUAUAUCAAAAAGAGCUCAUUUUUCCUCAAAAAAAAGGACAUUAUUUUGUAUAAAUCAGUUCGGUUCGGGAAAUUGUUUCGGUAAUUUUUUUAUUCUCCAUACACAAAUCGAUAUUUUCGAUUUUUCAAAACUAAAUUACCGUAUAUUCGGUUUUAAGUCGGGACGGUACAUAUCGGCUAAGUUUUUUUCGAUUUUCGAUUCGAUUUUUCGGUUUCUCAAUUUUUUUGCUCACCCCUAAUUUCCAUGGAGACAUUUGAAGAAGUCAAUUGUGCUAAAUACUUUUAUGGAACAAAAUAUAUAGUAGGAAAGACGGAUUAAAGAAUGAGUGAAAUCUACUUCUAGAGAACACGAUAUUUCCUAAUUAGAAAAAUUAAAAGUGGAAUUGAAGUUGUAGGAUGGUUUGGAUGUAAUAUUGGGGUUGUAGGAUGAUCAUUAAACCUUUUAUGAAUUUGUCACUCGGAAUAAUUAAAGUAUUUAAUACAAUCACAUAAAAUAUACGGUUAAGAUACAAAUCCAAUUUCAAACAAUAUCAAAUAAUAGUUGUCCCACUUGCUCUCGUCUUUCUGAUGCAACUUGAAUCAAGGCAAUCCAAUUUCGUAUGCAAAAGUUCUUGACAAAAUAAAACAAAUAGUAAUAAUAAGCAAUCCUAUUGUCGAAUUGACAAUAAGAUUGUGGCAACAAUAUUGAAUGCAUUUUUUUACUCGGGUAAACAAGUCAUAAACAAGAAAUAUAUGAAAAUUAUAGAACUUGUUCUCUUCGUUUUACAAUAACUAGAAUCAAUGCAAUUGGAAUUUGUAUGCAAAAGUUAUGAUCGUAUGAAUACUAAUUUUAGUAUCAAAUAAAAUAUCAUCAAACACAAAAUAAGUCGUAGAACUUGGUCUCUUCUUUUUUGAGUUUGUAUGCGAAAGAUGUUAUCAAUAUAAAACAGUCCGGUUUCGUUUCAGUUUUGGUUGAGUUCCGGUUUGACUAUUCAUAAUGAUGGCAAUUUUGUUAACCUUUUUUUUUUUUUUAUAGAAAAUGGUGUUCAUCUGAAACAGAAAUUACCCAUGUAUGUAUGAUGUAUUAUAUUAUCAAGUACUGCUGCAUCAACUAUAAUUUUUCAAGCAAAUGAUAAACUACAAAAUUCCCUCAAUUUCGAAUCCACGACGAGUUCCUUAAAUUGUAUAUGGGCACAUACCACAUCUCAAUCAAUGGUUAUAGUAAACAUUGUCAUACAAAACCUACUUCACGAAACAAAAAGGAAAAAAAA